AUGUCGUACGCGGAUACGUCCGACGCCCCAUAUCUGACCAUGCCACACGUCCCCUUUCCCCUUGACUACCACCAAACUCUUCUAUCUCUUCUCGAUGUUCUCUCGGAAGUAUACAACAAGAUCUCGAAGAUUCUCGGGCCGUCGCCGUUCCCAAGCUCGGGCCACCACAUGAUGGGCCCACUGGGUCUUCUCUCGCCACAUCCAGGCGUGUCGUAUCUAUUCACAGGGGCUGAAGCAGCUCCUAUGCAUGAAGGCGAAGCUAGCUUGUGGGGAAUCGCUCAUGCCCCUGGCCCCGGAACCCCAGCUGUGCUCGCCGGGGGAAACGGUAAAUUGGUUGCAGUACUUUUGAAAGAGCUCGACGACUUUGCUCGCGCAGGCAUCAGAGAUGAGCUUGCAUCUUUGGAUCCUCUUCUGAGGAAUGCUGCCGUCCCUGAAGACGCGCGAGAGCAGCAGUUCGAUUUUGAUUGA